UCCCAAAGUGUAAGGCAAACUAUUCAACCUGUAGCUUUGGAAAGGACAGUACAUCCCACGCAGUGGAAAGAGUGCAUCAUUACGAUUUUCAUCAUCUUGUCUGCGUACUCUCUGGCACUAUGAAAAUGCACACGCGUAAAGAAGAAGCCCGCUGAGGACGAAUUUAUUUGGAAACAAACUUUUGGAAUUUCCUGCAAUUUCAGGACCGCUGCCAAUUCUAAACUUAAUCUUGUCCCGUAGGCUGUCAGUUGUCUUAACACUUUAAAUUCAGACAGAAUGUACUGCCACAAUAUGGUCCUUUUUGUAUUUAUGUAUUCCCUCACGCUAUUGAUGAUGAUGUGCCUGCCACCAGCCUCAGCGCAGAAGUCGAAUGGUCCUCGGUGGCUUAUAGGGGAUAGAGGGAGCCCAUGUUCCCCUGCGUGCUCCAGGAGUAACGGCAAGCCUGUGUGUGGGUCAGAUGAACGCAGUUAUGAUACCAUCUGUGACCUGGAGAGGGCGAAAUGCAAGGACCACACACUCACUCUCGCCCACAGGGGCAGAUGCAGAGGUAAAAACUGGAUGAGGAUAGAUCAGCCUCUUCCUGCGCCCACACUUGUUUCAGAGGUCAAAGAGCUGACAGGUAUGAAAGAAGCGGGCCAGACGAAAUGUCAGACUGAGAGGAUUCAGGCUCUGGAACAGGCCAAGAGGCCACAGGAAUCAAUUUUCAUCCCAGAAUGCAAUGACGAUGGAACAUUUGCCCAGGUCCAAUGUCACACCCUCACAGGAUACUGCUGGUGCGUGACGACAGAUGGCAAGCCAGUCAGCGGCUCUUCUGUCCAGAACAAAACGCCAGUGUGUUCAGGAAACUUCCGUGAAUUUAUGGGAACUCAUGCUGGGACAAGUGGAUUGUCAGGGUCAGUAACCGAUAAGCCACCAGGACCUCAUAGCUCUGGCAGAAAAGUCUCUUUCCGUUUCUUUCUCACCCUCAAUCCAGAUGAUGGCUCUAAGCCCACACCAACCAUGGAGACGCAUGUUGUCCCAGAAGGUGACGAGAUCACAGCUCCAACAUUGUGGAUUAAGCAGCUGGUGUACAAAGAGAACAAACAGAACAGUUCAAAAGGAGGGAAGCCAGAGAAAGUUCCCUCUUGUGACCAGGAGAGGCAGACCGCUCAAGAUGAGGCUCAGCAGAACCCGCGGGAGGCCAUCUUUAUCCCUGACUGUGGCCUGCAGGGCCUCUAUAAACCGGUCCAGUGCCACCAGUCCACUGGUUACUGCUGGUGUGUAAUGGUGGACACUGGGAGACCCAUACCUGGAACCUCUGCAAGGUAUAAGAAACCAGAAUGUGACAGUGCGGCUCGUUCUCGAGACUCAGAAAUGGAAGAUCUUUUUAGAGACAGAGAUCUGACAGGAUGUCCAGAAGGAAAGAAAGUGGAAUUCAUAACAAGCCUGUUGGAUGCCCUUACUACUGACAUGGUGCAGGCUAUCAACUCACCAACCCCCUCUGGUGGUGGGAGGUUUGUUGAGCCUGACCCAAGCCACACACUGGAGGAACGGGUGGUUCAUUGGUACUUUGCCCAGCUGGAUGAUAAUGGCAGUCACGAUAUCAACAAGAAGGAGAUGAAGCCCUUCAAGCGCUAUGUGAAGAAGAAAGCCAAACCUAAACGAUGCGCCCGCAAGUUCACCGACUACUGCGACCUUAACAAGGACAAGACCAUCUCCCUUCAAGAACUCAAAGGAUGCCUAGGAGUCAAUAAAGAGGGUAGCACUACAAGCAGCAGUCAGGGGACAAGGCAAGGGACAAAUUUGUUCAUAGGUCGUCUGGUCUGAAGACAGAAAGUUCCAGAAGAUGAGGCAGUAGCACAAAGCAUGGUGGGAAGGCAUCUGUUCACUGCUGGAAGAGUACAACAAAGGAUUCUGAGAAAUUAUUAAGAGGUUCCUUAAGAAAAAAAAAAAAAGAUGAAAAUGAUAUCAUGGAGCCAAAAUAUUUGCACUUUCUCCUCCCAUUGUUAGACAUUUUAUUAUGUCCUUUGUGUUGUAAACGUCUUAUUAAUAUGACUAUAAUAUGAGAACACAGACUGUAAGAGUGAAUGAUUACCUGCUUCUGUCCACAUUUUUAGCACAUCCACGCUCAAUCCAGACAGUAUUAUAGUUGUGUUCGAAUGAGACAUUUUUGAAUGUCAUUUUCGAAAAAACAAGCGUUCUAUUUUGAAAUUAGCUUGUCUUUAAAUGCCUCUUCUUCAGUUUGCUGUUGUUUUUGAUAAUGUCCACUCAACCAGUAUGUUUGCUCCUUUGUUCACCUUGGCAACGGAACUAAUGGAGCAUUGAUAGUGAAAAAGAAAUGGAGCGAAAUCGUUUCUGUCAACAAACAUUAGCUACGGUCUCUCAGACCUGCACCUCAGUACACUAGUAAUGUACACAUAACCAUCGCCUGAGAAUUAGCAGUAAGUUCCACAUGGUUUGUUCAGAAGUCAGAAGUCAAAAACACUAUCACGCUAAAUAAGUUUUUUUUAAAUGUCACGAAACUUUUCACUUAGCUUUACUAUCUUCAGAUGGAUUAUUCAGUAAGUACAUGGUGUGUCUCACAUGGUGUUCUGUUGUGGCUGUUGUUGUUUUUUUGUUGAUGUUGUUUUUUUACGUAAUGCCUUUAUCAAAUCUUGAACCUUCAAAUGACAAAUAGUACAGUAAAAAUGAGUGCUGUAGACUGAUUUGUGCACAGAAUUAAUCUAAUUUAGAAGUACUUUUCAUAAGAAUUACUUCUCUCCAUACAUCUCUUCUUCCCGAGCUGGGUAUUUGCAUACACUUUUUGGACAUGUACUAUGGUAUUCUUUGAGGUUCCUGGGAAUGGCAUGUAAAUAGCAUGGUAAUCAAUCAGUGCCACUGUAUUUUACCAUGGUAUUACCAGUUUUUUUUUUUUUUUUUUUUUUGUGUAGGAUUCCAUUUUUCUUCUCUGGCUAGAAGAGGAUUGUAUAAAUCAGGAGGUUUGUGUAGGUCUUACAAUAAUUCAGUGUGUAAAAAAAAAAAAAAAAAAAAAAAGUUCUUUUGCAAAGUCGCUGAGCUUAUGUCCUGUCUGGUGUGAUUUAUUGUUAAGCAUCUGUGUUAGCUGGAGUGUGUUCAAUAGCAAUGAUUUGUUUCUCAGCCAAGGUAAUCAAUUGUAGUUGUGUUGCAGGAAUGACUAUGAGAAAGGGGUAAUUGAUUUAAAUGUAUUGAUUGUUUUCAUAUUGUAAUUAAAGUUAACUUCUGUGUCAUCAUUGA